UCAAGAGGAGAUGUAACUUAUGCCGGAAAAUUUCCAUGGCAAGCGAUGCUUUGUACUGCUAGUCAUGGCCAACAUUGUGGAGGCGUUCUUGUAUCAGACAAUUGUAUUGUAACGGCUGCGCAUUGCCUUUAUCUUGGAGGGGUGUUUACUACAAACGUCAGCGUAUGUGUUGGCCGUCAUUGUGGAAAUUGCUCUGAAGUCGAUGUUGAAGGAAAUCCACAAUGUUUUAAGCCCAAGUCAACAGUUAUUCAUCCCAAUUUUAGCAGGAGUACGCUAGACAAUGACAUUGCCAUUAUUAAACUACCAAAAGCGGUUUCGUGUCACUGCAACAGUGUUUUUCCUGUUUGUUUGCCUAAUGAGAAGAGAGACGGAUCUUACCUUCGAGCUGGAAUGGAAGGCAUCGUCACUGGGUGGGGAAGAGUAAAUUCUUCACUUAGUAGAUCAACAUGCUUGCGUAAAGGCGACGUGCGACUUGCUUCUCGUAAUAUUUGUUCCAAAAAGCAUCCAGAUUAUCCGAUAACGAACAGUAUGAUGUGUGGAACUGAUUACAGCGGCGCAUGCGAAGGAGACAGUGGUGGUCCGCUUGUCAUUAAAAGCAAAGAGUACGGACGUCGGUUUGUGUUGGCAGGAAUAGUGAGCUGGGGAAAAGGAUGUGGCCAGGUGAAAGGUUUGGGAGUUUACACUAAAGUCCUGACUCAUGUGAAUUGGAUAAAGCAGAUGUGUGACAUGAACUCUUAGCAUUUUGUUUCAGUGCAAUUGCACUUGCAAUUGCAAACAGAGUCAGUCCGUAUAGUAGACUACACUCAGAAAAUGGCAUUUUGGCAUAACUGUUUGAUUAGUGCUCUUACCUCGUUUUGUUUGCGAGUUGAAAUAAAACUUAUGU